AUGCCCGACAACAAGACCCCACCGACUGCGCCUUCGGCGCCGACGGUCACUCUGCCUCCGAGGAGUUCGGUCGAGAGCCUGUUUAUGGGCGGGCCGGGGAUCAGCCCGGGCCCGAUGACUCUGGUCUCGAGCUUCUUCGCCGAUAAUGACCCUGACGGCGACUGCCGCUCGUUCUCCCAACUUCUCGCCGGAGAUACAUCGGCCCCCGCCUCGGAUCCCGGGGCUGGGCAGGAUUUUAAUUUUCACCAGAAUAUGCCGGCGGGGUUGGUGGUGUCUCAGCCGCCGGGUAUGUUCACGAUUCCGCCGGGGCUGAGUCCGGCAAGCUUCCUUGAUUCGCCGGGGUUUCUCCCGCAUAAUUCGCAGGGUCAGUUGGGAAUAGCACAUCACCAAUAUCUUGCUCAAGUGAAUGCCCAGCAGGCCCAAAUGAUCAUGCACUCCGAAUAUCCAUCUUUGCAACAAAACGUGCCUCCCCGUAAUGAGCCGAGCAAAAUAUCUCAGUCUGAUCAGAAAUCCCAACCUGUUAACAAUUUAAAUGUCGAUAAGCCCGCUGACGAUGGUUACAACUGGAGGAAGUAUGGGCAGAAGCAGGUGAAGGGUGCUGAGUAUCCCCGGAGCUAUUAUAAAUGCACUCAUCCUAGUUGUCCGGUGAAGAAGAAAGUCGAGCGGUCUCAGGAUGCUCAGAUAACGGAGAUUAUAUACAAAGGGCAGCAUAACCAUCCUCCGCCGAGUAAGCGUGCGAAAGAUAAUAACUCUGAAUCUGAGGGUCAGACAGGAAAUGUAAACAGGAGUAUUGAAGGGUUAGCUGGUAUUAAGGAUCAAGAAUCUAGUCAAGUUACGCCUGAACAUCUGUCUGGAUCGAGUGACAGUGAAGAAGUUGGCAAUGAUGAGAGCAGAACAAAUGGAAGAGAUGAGGAUGAGCCCGAUUCCAAAAGAAGGAAUGUGGAGGUUCAGCCUUUAGAGCAAGCAUCGACACACCGCACUGUUACAGAGCCCAGGAUCAUUGUCCAAACGACAAGUGAAGUGGACCUCUUGGAUGAUGGUUACAGGUGGCGAAAAUAUGGCCAGAAGGUUGUCAAAGGGAACCCUUAUCCAAGAAGCUACUACAAAUGCACCAGCUCAGGAUGCAACGUGCGAAAGCACGUGGAAAGGGCCCCGAGCGAUCCAAAGGCCGUUAUUACAACAUAUGAGGGAAAACACAAUCACGAUGUCCCUGCUGCUAAGACGAGCAGCCAAAGCUCCACAAUUGCCACUACACAGUUGAGACCUCAUCACAACCCGAUAAUUAAUACGCAAAUGGGAAAUUUGAGAACAGACUUCAGGAACAACGAGCAGCAGCAGCAGCAGCAGCCUUCUGUAGCACUUCUCCGUUUCAAGGAAGAACAGACAACAUAA